AGCCCGACUCCCCCUAACCAUGGCCUCUUCCAUGGUCCUCACUCCCUACCCCGCGACGCAGCCUCAGCGCUCUCGACCGCCGGCGACUUCCCCAAGCCCAAAGUAACCGUGCACUUCAAAGCCGUCGGAUCCGCGCCAUCCCUAGACCAGAAAGUGUGCCGGAUUAGUAGUACUCAGAGGUUCGAGACGGUGGUUGCGUAUCUGAGGAGGAAGUUGAAGGUGAACGAGAGGGACAGCGUGUUUUUGUAUGUUAAUUCUACAUUUGCGCCGGCGCUGGAUGAGGUGGUGGGGAAUUUACAUAGGUGUUUCAAAGAUUCGAAGGACCAGCUUAUUGUCACUUAUUCGAUGACGCCAGCUUUUGGUUGA